AUAGGCAUUCCCGCUCCCGCAGCUGCCAAAGUCGCUUCCAUUUCCUCAAGCCAAGGCGGCCUGGUGGCACUUUAAGUGAAGUGAGAACCUGGAUUAUUCUGUGGCCCUGUGCGCUCGUGCUCCCGGUGUGUCUCCUCGGGGACGGAGUCUGCGCCGGGGAGAAGUGGGCGACGGUGGAAGCGGCGGCGGAGGCGGCGGCCGGUCCUCUCUAGCUGGGCUCUGCCUGAGGUGGCGCUGCUCGGGAUUCCUGGACCCAUCUCAGCUGCUUGUGGAGCCCCAGAAGAGUCUAGCUUCCCAUGAGAGCCUGGCAGAGGAGCUGUAAUGAGAGAUGUCCAGUGUCCUGAAGCCUUAAAUGCUUGCUUCCCAGAGCCCUGCCUUGUCUCAAAGAGAAGAGAACGAUGACCAAGUUACAGGAGGCAGUGACGUUCAGGGACGUGGCCGUGGUCUUCAGUAAGGAGGAGAUGGGGCUGCUGGACGCUGCCCAGAGGAAGCUGUACCACGAUGUGAUGCUGGAGAACCUCAGGAACCUCCUGGCAGUGGGAGGCCAGAGUCCAAAUAAGAUGAAGACCGUUGAUGCAACAGGAGUAAGGUGCUUUUUACUGGGGCAGCUUCUGUACUGGGAAAUAACAGGCCAUGAUGCCAACAAACUGGCCAGAGCUCCGGAAGCUGUAGUCAACACUCAAGAAAAGGGUUCUCACUUCCUGGAGCAAAGCCACUCCUCCUGCCACAGGGAAGCAGAGGAGCCUCGCCGGCCUUCUGAGGAUGACAGUUCUCUCGACAGUCUGACACGUGACCAUUCCAGCACUACUGAAAAUCAGGAAUUUCUGUCUGGGAGAGCCCAGGGGUCUUGGUGUAAAACACAUCUUAGGAAAAGACAGAACCAUCAGAAACACUGUCUGCAGACUCUGAUGAAAAACAAGCCAGAGCUGUUGACUCAGCAUUCCCCUGUACAUAGAACACAGGAGGACAGCAGGCAUAGCUCUAGCGUCCCCAUUCAACAAAGUGUUCAUCCAGGAAGAACGCGCUACUGGUGUCAUGAGUGUGGCAAGGGUUUCAGUCAGAGCUCAGCUCUCCAGACUCACCAGAGAGUGCACAUGGGGGAGAAGUCCUGCAGGGACAACAGCUGUAGGAAAAGCUUCAGUCGUAGCUCUGGUCUUAGCAUCCACCGCCAAGUACACACUGGUGAGAGACCUUACCGGUGUGAGGUGUGUGGGAAGGGUUUCAUGCGGUGGUCACACCUCCAGGACCACGAGAGAAUUCACACAGGAGAGAAGCCAUAUAAGUGUGGAGAGUGCGGUAAACGCUUCAGCUGUGUUUCAAACCUUCACACCCACCAGAGAUUCCACAGCAAGGAGAAACCGUACAAAUGUGACAAGUGUGGGAAGUGCUUCAGCUUGAACUUCAACCUUCACAUUCAUCAGCGGGUCCACACAGGAGAGAAACCGUAUAAAUGUGAAGAGUGUGGGAAGUGUUUCAGCUUGAGCUUCAACCUCCACAGCCAUCAGCGGGUCCACACGGGAGAGAAGCCAUAUAAAUGUGAAGAGUGUGGGAAGUGUUUCAGUUCAGCCUCAAGUUUCCAAAGACACCGGCAGAUGCAUAUAAAAGAGAAGACAUCUCAUCGCGAUGUGAGUGGAAAGGGCAGCAGCCGGGACUCGCAUCUUCAGACUCACCAGAGAGUGCACAUACAGGAGAAGCCCUAUCGGUGCAACAGCUGUGGGAAGAGCUUCCGCUGUAGCAUGGAUCUCAACAUCCACCGCCGAGUACACACUGGAGAGAAACCUUACAAGUGUGAGGUGUGUGGGAAGGGCUUCAAUUAUUUGUCACACUUCCAGGCCCACGAGAAAAUUCAUGCAGAUCAGAAGCCAUAUAAGUGUGAAUACUGUGGCAGACGCUUCAGCUAUAGUUCAAACCUUCACACCCACCAGAGAGUUCACACAGGAGAGAAACCCUAUAAAUGUGAGGAGUGUGGGAAAAGCUUCAGUCUAGCGUCUAGUCUACAGGCUCAUCAAAGAGUCCAAACUGGCAAGAAGCCAUUCAAAUGCAAUGCAUGCCAGAAGCGAUUCAGUCAGGCCUGGAACCUCCAGGCCCACCAGAGAGUGCACACUGGGGAGAAGCCCUACAAGUGUGACACGUGUGGGAAAGCCUUCGGCCAGAGGUCCAGUCUUCAAAUCCAUCAGAGAAUUCAUACUGGGGAGAAGCCAUUCAAGUGUGAGGAGUGUGGGAAGGAGUUCAGCUUGAAUUCAGGGCUUACUGCUCACCGGAGGGUCCACACAGGAGAGAAGCCCUAUGAAUGCACAGAGUGUGGGAAAGGCUUCAGUCUUGCCUCAAGUCUACGAACUCAUCAGCGAAUUCACACCGGCGAGAAACCCUUCCAAUGCAAUGAGUGCCAGAAGAGGUUCAGUCAGGUCUCACACCUCCAAUCCCACCAGAGGGUUCACACAGGGGAGAAGCCUUACAAAUGUGACACCUGUGGGAAGGCCUUCAGUCAAAAAUCUGGUCUCCAAGUCCAUCGGAGAAUUCACACUGGGGAGAAGCCAUUCAAGUGUGAGGAGUGUGGGAAGGAAUUCAUCUGGAGCUCAGGGCUUAGUGCUCACCGGAGGGUCCACACAGGAGAGUAACCCUGCACGGUUAGCAGUGUGGGAAGGGCUUCAGUCAGACCUCACACUUCCGAUUAACAGUCUGAUCCAAUGUAAACAGCAGGAUCAUUAUAUCAAGGCUGUUACAAAAUAAUUGAAAACAAAGUGUAAGGUAGCUAGUAUAUAAUGAGAAAAAGCAGUAUGACACAUGGUGAAAUUAUACAAUUAGUCAGAUAGCAUCCUGGUAGGAAAUGACACAUAUAGAUUUAUAUUUAACAAUUUUGCAUCCCCUGUAUCCCCUGGAUAUAGAAUUAAAAGCUCAAUCAGAUGCAAUCAGGAA